UACACACGCACACACUCCUUCGCAUUCCCAUUCCCUCUCUUCUGCAGUUUCGCUCUCUUUCUCUCGCAUUUUCCCUCUCUUCAGAGCGACGCUACGAGUUUCGCCAUGGGCCAGAAGAAUGAAGGAGGCGACGGGACGACUAAAGGAGGAGGAGGAGGAGGUAAGGCCAAAGAACAGAAGAACGCGCAUGCGGUGGUCGUCUUGAAGAUCGACCUGCAUUGUGGAGGUUGCGAAGCCAAAAUCGACAGAUUCCUUAAAAAAUUCCCAGGCGUGGAGAAGACGAAGGUGGACGGAAGGGCGAUGAAGGUGACGGUGGAAGGGAAAGUGGAUCCCGCGAAGCUUCGGGAGAAAUUGCAGGAGAAGACGAAGAAGAAAGUGGAGCUGGUGUCUCCACUGCCCAAGAAAGAAAAAGACCAGGCCGACAAGGAGAAGAAGGAAAAACCCAAAGAGCCUCCGGUGACGACGGUGGUUCUGAAGUUCAGUAGCCUCCACUGCGAGGGAUGCAUCCGGAAGAUUCACAAGAUAAUCACGAGAACAAAAGGAGUUAUGGACGUGGCCUUCAACAGGGACAAGGAUACCGCCACGGUGAGGGGGGCCAUGGAAGCCAAGGCACUGGCCGAGAGCUUGAGGGAGCAUAUGAAGAGGGCGGUGGAAAUAGUCCCGCCGAAGAAAGAGAAGGAGAGCGGCGGCAGCGGAGGCGAGGCCAAGGACAAGAAGGGCGGCGGGGGCUGUGGCGGGAGAGUGGAAGGCCAGCGGAUGGAGUAUCAGGGGGCGCGCGGGUGCGGGUACGGGUACGGAUACGGGGGCGUGUAUUGGGAGGCAGUGCAAUUGCAUGCGCCGCAACUGUUCAGCGACGAGAACCCAAACGCAUGCUCCGUCAUGUGA